GGGCGGCGUGCGGGUCCUAGACUAACGGUUACGGACGCCGACCGGUGCCCCGCGGCCCACGUGCGCCAUCGCGCCCGAUACCGCCGGUGCCGAGGACCGCGCCUGCCGGCCUCUCCGGGGCGGGGACCGGUUGGUUCGGCGCGUACGUUCUUAUUGCCCCUUCUGUGUGCCAGGCAGCCGUCUGGUGCCGAGACGUUGUUUUCCGAGAAAAUGGAAGGAGAGAAGCGGCCGGCGCCGGGUCCGCCCUCCGAGGGCCUGUUUGCGGACGGGCACCUGGUCCUGUGGACGCUGUGCUCGGUGCUGCUGCCCGUGUUCAUCACCUUCUGGUGUAGCCUCCAGCGGUCGCGCCGGCAGCUGCACCGCAGAGACAUCUUCCGCAAGAGCAAGCACGGGUGGCAGGACACGGACCUGUUCAGCCAGCCCACCUACUGCUGUUUGUGCGCGCAGCACAUUCUGCAGGGCGCCUUCUGCGACUGCUGCGGGCUCCGCGUGGACGAGGGCUGCCUCAAAAAGGCCGACAAGCGUUUCCAGUGCAAGGAGAUCAUGCUCAAGAACGACAGCAUGGCCCUGGACGCUAUGCCUCACCACUGGAUCCGGGGCAACGUCCCUCUGUGCAGUUACUGUGUGGUUUGCAGGCAACAGUGCGGCAGUCAGCCCAAGCUCUGCGAUUACAGGUGCAUUUGGUGUCAGAAAACAGCACAUGACGAGUGCAUGAAAACCAGCUUAAAGGACGGAAAGUGUGAUUUUGGGGAAUUCAGAAACCUCAUUAUCCCACCAAGUUAUUUAACCUCCAUAAACCAGAUGCGAAAAGACAAAAAAGCAGAUUAUGAAAUACUAGCCUCAAAGCUUGGAAAGCAGUGGACACCGUUAAUAAUCCUGGCCAACUCCCGCAGCGGAACUAACAUGGGAGAAGGACUGUUGGGAGAAUUUAGGAUCCUGUUAAAUCCAGUCCAGGUUUUUGAUGUGACUAAAACUCCCCCUGUUGAAGCCCUACAACUUUGUACUCUUCUUCCCUAUUACUCAGCUCGAGUCCUUGUCUGUGGAGGGGACGGGACUGUGGGCUGGGUCCUGGAUGCAGUGGAUGAAAUGAAGAUUAAGGGACAAGAAAAAUACAUUCCACAAGUUGCGGUGUUGCCUCUGGGAACAGGCAACGAUCUGUCUAAUACAUUGGGUUGGGGGACAGGUUAUGCUGGAGAGAUCCCAGUCACACAAGUGUUAAGAAAUGUAAUGGAAGCAGAUGGAAUUAAACUAGAUCGAUGGAAAGUUCAGGUAACAAAUAAAGGAUACUACAAUUUAAGAAAACCCAAGGAGUUCACAAUGAACAACUAUUUUUCUGUUGGACCUGAUGCUCUCAUGGCUCUCAAUUUUCAUGCUCAUCGUGAGAAGGCGCCGUCUCUGUUUUCUAGCAGAAUUCUUAAUAAGGCUGUUUACUUAUUCUAUGGCACCAGAGAUUGUUUAGUGCAAGAAUGUAAAGAUUUGAACAAAAAAGUUGAGCUAGAACUGGAUGGUGAGCGAGUAGAAUUGCCUAAUCUGGAAGGCAUUAUAGUUCUGAACAUUGGAUACUGGGGCGGUGGCUGCCGACUCUGGGAAGGGAUGGGAGAUGAGACCUACCCUCUAGCCAGACAUGAUGAUGGUUUACUGGAAGUUGUUGGAGUGUACGGGUCUUUCCACUGUGCUCAGAUUCAGGUGAAACUGGCAAACCCUUUUCGAAUAGGACAAGCACAUACAGUGCGGAAAAUGGUUAGUGUCAAAGCUGCCUGGUUAACGCUAGCCUCCCACCUGCAGCACGCCUCACCAAGCCAAACACUGGAAGAUCCGUGUGUACCCAUUGCCAGGAAACCCUGAAAGGAGAAAUGUACAAGAAAGCCAGUACUUAACUUUUUAUUUUAGGAUCACUUUCAGACCCCCAAAUGUUGUUUGAUUAACCCUAUUAAUGACCAUGUUGAGUUGAAUUUCAGGAUCUUUUUUAUAAUCCCAGUAUAACCGAAAGAAAACCAGAUAGAUGAAUUGGUUAAAUAAUAAUAAUAAUAUUUGGGACACUUUGUAUUGAAAAUUACAGAUUCUGAGCUGGGUAGUUCAUCAGCUUCUCUUUUGAUUAAAAAAUGUCAACAAUUCAAAAAAAUAUGCUAAAGGAAAGCUACUAGUCAGAUUAAUUACUAAAAAAAUUUAAUGACUAAUAAGUUUUACAAAAUCAGUGGUCUUGUAGUAUCUUGAAAUACCUAAACCAAAAAACCUGUUGACAUCAAGUCAUAGCAACUCUAUAGGACACCGUAGAACUGCCCCAUAGGGUCCCCAAGGAGUGGCUGGUAGAUUUGAACUGCAGACCUUUUGGUUAGCAGCCGAUCUCUUAAUCACUGUGCCACCAGGGCUCCAUCUUGAAAUAUGGUAGUAUUUUAUAUUUUAAAUUAUUUGAUAGAAUUGCCCCCUUGGUCUGGGGAAGAAGGUAUACAGAGUCCUUGGCCAAAAUGUUUAUUUUAAAGUGAAAAAUAUAUAUAUAUUUUACUUAUUUAUUAUUUGUUUUAUGCUGUGAUACUUAGAUUUAAAUGAUUUUUGCAAUACAUAGUUUUAUGUAAUAAGGUAAUCAGAUAAAUCAGUCAAAUGGAAAACCUACUAGUGAAAUAAAGUCCAUCAUUUUUCUGAAAAAUAUAUUAUCCGGAUAGGCACACUCUUCAGAAAUACUCAAUUAAAAAAAAAAAACAGGAGGAACAGAAAGCACUGGCAAACUACUUUUGGAUAGCCAAUUUUUUUUUUUUUUUUCAUUGUUUUAUUUAUUCCCUCAGUUUACAAGAAAGUUAUUGAAGGGCUAGUUUCAUAGUCACCCACUAGAGGGCGCUCUUCUGAUGCUGUUAGCUAGCCUGCUCUGAUGCCCUAUAGUUAGGCAGACCCAUUGGCCAUCCAGCCUGAUGUUUUCCUGACAGAUGGCCUGUUUCGGGGCUUGGUGGUCUUUUGUGAUAUUAAUCUCUCAAAGAUUAGAAUGUAUCCCCAAACCACCAUUAGCUUCCCUUAAGAAUCUGUUAUGGCUAUAUCAUCCAUGAAUUGCCAUAAACUUAAAUAUGAGUCACCUUCAGGCCUGGGCCAUCUUUUGAAGGAUCCCCUUGUUAGUGUAUACGGUAGUCAGUACAUUAUAUAAAAUAUUUUUAUUGUAUUUAAAUUAACCUCUUCCAAGUCUGAGCCAAGUGAUGCUUAAUUCCAGUAAAAGAUUUUGUGAGCAGGUCUGUUUUCACCUUCUUCAUUCCCUUUUCAUGGUAGAUAGCCUUCUCCUGCAAUGAGGGGAAAGUUUUGUAGCUUUUCCUUUUUAUGGGCAGAUCAUGUUUUGAGUAUAAUUAGAUUUAUCCUUUUAAUUCAUGGUUAAAGUUUAUAUUUUAUAAACACACUGUUAAAUUCACUUUGCUUUAGGUUAUAUUUUACCUAUAAUUCAUAGUGCUAAUUACAGAAGCAAAGUCGAUAGUUAAUUUGGGAUAUCAGAACUUAGUCAAAAUAACUGCAUUUUUUUUUAAUUGCUGAAACUACUUCAAGGACAAUGUUAAGUUGAAUUUAGUGCAGGUUUAUGUACAACUCCCUCAUUUGUUUAAACAAAUUGAUUUUUCAUUUAUAAUCCAGUGAGACUUUUUUUGUCCCUGACUCUGUGAAGUUUUUCUCCUGCCUUAUUCACUCAUUUAAACUUAAUGUUUAUUUAGGAAAUUUAUUUCAGAAUCUGCCAUAUCAUAAAACACAUCCUCAUUUUGAUUUCCCAAACUUUACUUACUUUUUUAGGCACAUUUACCCAGCAUUUCAAAUAAAUGUAUAGGCAUGUGCCUUGUUUGAAAUAAAUGCAAUU